CCCCUCUCCAGGCGCCUACCCUUCUGAUGCUCCCAGUAUCUCAUGUGUAUUUUGCGCUGGUGAGCAUUUCCUGGUCGACUGCCAACAGGUGAAGGCACAGCCACACGAAGCCAAGGUUGAGUUUCUGAGAUCAAAAGGCCUUUGUUUUGGCUGUUUGAUGAGGGGACACUUAAGCAAAGAAUGUAAAAGAAGGUUGACCUGUCAGAAAUGUCAAAGACAGCACCCCACUAUCCUGCACAUUGAAGGAAGAGAGAGAUUUAGAUCUCUGAAGGCAGAUACGAGGGGUGUAGCGGUAAAGACCAAAGGAAGCCACUACAUUCAAGUCAAAAAACUCAGUGAAGGAUUUCUAUCGGAAGGAAAUCUCCGGUUCGGACACACGCUGGAUAUUGUUCUAUUUGUAAUUGCAUGUAAGGACAGCUCGCUUGGAAGGAUUUGAACUACUAGAAUUCGCCAGCCCUUCAUCUAACUGCCCAGGAUACCAUAGCACCAUGGCUCCCCAGUUGUUGCCGUUGUUGUCUCUGGUCUCAACUCUCUACCUGGUGGCCCAGGGACAGGAGCAGCCUCAACCCAUAGAGGAGGAACCUAUCACAGCGAAGAACAUCCAGCUUCUGGGUGGCUGGUUCAGCAGAGACCCAGAGAGCCUGGAGGUGCAGACCACUGCUAAAGCUGCUGUGGACCACUUUAACACCCAGUCUAAUGCCAGGAAAUUCUUCAGACUGAUCAAUGUCAUCUCUGCUGAGACUCAGGUGACUAACAUGAUCAACUAUAGGAUCGAGGUGAUCAUCGGGAAGACCAAGUGCCUCAAGACAGAGCACAACUCAGAUGUGGAGUCCUGUGUUCUGGGGAAAAAGCGCCUGACAUGUACAUUUGAGGUGUGGUUUAACCCUCGCAAUGAAAAGUACGAGAUCACCAACUCCUCUUGCCAGAAGCAAAUCUGACUCCAGAUCAGUUUCAACCAACAACUACAUGAUCUGUCCUCUUCCUCCUGUAAUAAGUAACACUGACUCUAGACCAGUCAUCACAGUCUACUGACUACCUGAACAUGACAAUGACUAUCUACAGAGUUACGCUACAACGGAAUGCUUCAUCAUUGAAUGACUUGACUUUUCAAAACUGCUUAGAUUUCUUUUAGGAUUUGAUGUGAUUUUGUUUCUAAUAAAAUCGUUUUCAACUGACAUUA